AUGGAAAUCGAGCAAUGCAAAACAAGGAUGGAAGAGGCUGAAAUUCCUGAACAAUGUGUGACAGUGCAUCCUGGCUUUGCGGACAUUUGUUUAAAACGCUGGGUGUUAAGAGUUGCUGGUAUAGGCUUUAAAACCAAGAAAAAGAAAUCAUAUACUGUCAUGUUCAUUCAAGGUGAUACAGCAGAGCAUGAGUAAGUUGAAUUAAUGGGAUUAAUAUUUUAAUAAAUCUGAACAUCAUAUAACAAAAUAUACACACACUCUCAAAUUACAAAGUAUAAACUGAGUGGUUACUAACUUUUCUCUCUAGAUUCUUGAGAGCUGUUGCUUACAGGCAAUUUGUUAGAAUGAUUUGGAAGUAUGUAGGGGCAUCUACAAGAAUUCCUUUGCCGUGUUGUGUCUAUAACAGUAUCCGAAGAACAUACCCAACUGAAACAGAGGACUAUCAUGGCUAUGAAGAAGAUGACUAG